AUGAGCGCCGGUGAGUUGCAGCAGGCGCAGCCCAGAGCCUCGGCGCCGGCGGCCGCGCCGGUGCCGCCGCAGCCGCGCAGCGCCCAGGAGGCCCCCGACAUGGCGGUUUACUGCAGCGAGAACUUCAGCCUCUACCCCCAGCCCAGCCUCCACCCGCCCGGCGCCGCCGCCGCCGCCGCCUCCUCGGGGCAGCGGGCGGGCGGUUACGCGCUGAGCGACUACGGGGCGGCCGCCAACGCCGGCUACCUGUGGGGCAUGAACAGCCCCUCGCCCUACCUGCAGGGCCCGCCCGCCGCCGCCGCCGCCGCGGCGCCCUUCCUGCCGCCGGCCUCGUACGGCUGCCCGCGGGGCGGGCAGCUGGUGGGGUCGCCGCCGGCGCCCGGCUCGCCGUCGGCGGGCGGCGCGGAGCUGAGCUGGCUCAGCCUGGCGAGCCAGGAGGAGCUGCUGAAGCUGGUGCGGCCGCCCUACUCCUACUCGGCGCUCAUCGCCAUGGCCAUCCAGAGCGCCCCCGAGCGGAAGCUCACCCUCAGCCACAUCUACCAGUACGUGGCCGAGAACUUCCCCUUCUACAAGCGCAGCAAGGCCGGCUGGCAGAACAGCAUCCGCCACAACCUCAGCCUCAACGACUGCUUCAGGAAGGUGCCCCGCGACGAGGACGACCCCGGGAAGGGAAACUACUGGACCUUAGACCCCAACUGUGAGAAGAUGUUUGACAAUGGGAACUUCCGGCGCAAACGCAAGCGGCGCUCGGAGCCCAACGCACCCGCUUCCGCAUCUGUGUCCUCCACUCUCGGGGGCCUGAAGGCUGAGGAAGAGCGACCCAUCCCAGCCGUGGGGAAACCGUGCGGAACCAGCCCACCGCCAGAGCUGGACCCAUCACCUUCUGCCAGGGACCAUCCAAAAACCUCCUCUCCCUCCGGCAUCAUUUCAUCCACCCCUAGCUGCCUCAGCACCUUCUUCAGUGGCAUGAGCUCCCUGACUAGUGGAGGCAGUCGGCUGGCAGGGGGUCUUGGCAGUGACCUGCAUCACAGGAACUUCUCUGCUGGACAGCUGAGCAAUGGCACUUUCACCCCUUCCAGCAGCUCUUCUCAGGAGGUGCCUUUGCCAGACCAGCUGCAGCGAGUUGCAGGACCUUCCCCUGCCUACUACAGCUCCUUCCACCCCAGCAGCAGCAGCCAGGGAGCCCAGUACAACCACUAUUACAACUUCACAGUUAACAGCCUCAUCUACACCCGAGAUGGAACGGAGGUGUAG